AUGAGCUCCGAGGAGGAGAUCCAGGCCGCUCAGGUCACAAAUGAGGAGUACAAGAUAUGGAAGAAAAAUGCGCCCUUCUUGUACGACAUGGUGGUCACGCACGCUCUCGAGUGGCCUUCAUUGACAUGUCAAUGGUUCCCUGACCGAGAGCGCCCUGCUGGAAAAGACUACACGUCUCAUCGACUGUUGCUUGGCACGCACACGUCGGGGCAGGAUCAAAACUAUGUGCAAAUUGCUCAGGUGCAUCUGCCGAACCAGGACGUGGAAGUGGAUUCGUCGAAGUACGAUGAAGACAGGGGCGAGAUUGGCUCCUAUGGCGGAGCAAACGCGCGCAUACAAAUCGUACAGCAGAUCAAUCACGAUGGAGAAGUCAAUCGGGCCCGAUACUGCCCGCAAAAUUGCGAUUUGAUUGCGACGAGGACAGUCAUGGGCGAGACGUACAUCUUCGACAGGACCAAGCACAGCUUGCAGCCCAAUGCCGAUGGAAAGUGCAGGCCGGACAUUGUUUGCAAAGGCCAGACUGGAGAAGGUUAUGGCUUGGCUUGGUCGCCGCUUGUUCAAGGGCAUCUGCUUGCUGCCUCGGAGGAUGAGACAGUCUGUGAAUGGGAUGUGAACCAAUACAAGAAAUCGGAUAAAGCAAUCAACCCUCUCAAAGUGUACAGAGGCCACACGUCCGUCGUAGAGGAUGUGGCCUGGCAUGCGCAUCACGAGUCGCUCUUUGCCUCUGUCGGCGACGACAAGUUGUUGUUGAUAUGGGACUCGCGGGAAUCGGGUGAUGCACCAAAGCAUCGCGUGACUGCACACGAUGGCGAAAUCAAUGCUGUGCUGUUCAGUCCAGCGAACGAAUACUUGAUCUGCACCGGCUCAUCUGACAAGACCGUUGGACUGUGGGAUAUGAGGAAUACGAAGACGCGCUUGCAUUCAUUGGAAGCGCACACCGAUGAAGUGCUGCAACUCGCCUGGUCGCCGCACAACGAAACCAUACUUGCUAGCGCUGCUGCAGACCGCAGGGUCAAUGUAUGGGACUUGUCACGGAUCGGCGAAGAGCAAACGCCCGACGAUGCAGAAGAUGGCCCACCUGAGCUGUUAUUUGUGCAUGGCGGACACACAGCGAGAACAACGGACAUCUGCUGGAGCCCUCAGGAAGACUGGCACAUGGCGACGGUGUCUGAGGAUAAUGUGCUGCAAGUGUUCAGACCUAGUGCCACUGCGCUCGGCCAGGAUGAAGAUGACGUGGGCCAGGAUGAACUCGAAUGA